UUCAGCACAUCUCUACUGGAAUAGCGCAAAGCGAUUGGUUGUGAAGGAAAGGAGCAGUUCUAAUCUAAUUAAAUUUUAUACGCAAAUUACAAUAUUUUUCUUUUAAAUCCUAGUAUAGUGCUUUCUUUUAAUUGAUUUCUGUGCAAAUUCGCAAGUGAAGCAUCUGUGAAAGAAAUUCGUUGGAGAAGCUUAUUUGGCAAAGUGGAAUUCGACUCUAAUUGCCGGUAUGUCCACACAAGCAACGCACGCCCCUUCGGCGCCGGAAUUACCAACAACCUCACAUGGUGAUCCCUCGGCACCGCCUGCUGAAGCAACCGCCGAUUGGAGUUAUUUUGGUAAUACGAGCGGCGGUGCAGAGCAAACUCAAUCUACUCGACCCGAAACCUCUACCACAAGAACAACAGAUAAUGCAAGCGUAGAUAACGGCACCAUUGCUAACGAAACCAAAGGCUCAUCUUCCACAGCGUAUUCUUUUCCUGGUAGUGCACUGGGUAGUGAAUCUACAGCCAACAUUAGCGGCAUUAAGUCAGAAACAAACACAAGUGGUGACUCCAAAGCCAAUAGUAACGAGGAAGAAAAGGUUGAUGAUUCCAUGUAUGAGUGUAAUAUAUGCCUAGAUACCGCCAAGGAUGCAGUUGUCAGCCUGUGUGGCCAUCUCUUCUGUUGGCCAUGCUUGCAUCAAUGGCUGGAGACACGUCCUAAUUGUAAAUUAUGUCCAGUGUGCAAGGCAGCUAUUGGCAAAGAUAAAGUAAUUCCGCUUUAUGGGCGCAAUAGUACCAAACAAGAGGAUCCGAGAAAUAAAGUACCACCGCGUCCUGCUGGACAGCGCACUGAGCCCGAACCUCAGCAAGGUUUUCAAGGAUUCGGUUUUGGUGAUGGCUUCCAUAUGUCUUUCGGUAUUGGCGCUUUUCCAUUUGGCUACUUCGCAUCAUCGUUUAAUUUUGGCGAACCACGAGCAGCGGCCGCCAAUCGUGGCACCACACAAUUUGAAGACGAACAGCAACUAUCCAAAUUAUUCUUAUAUUUGGCAUUUUUGUGUAUUGCUUGGUUAUUGUUCGCAUAGCAAUACUAAAUCCGUGGUUAUUCUAACAUUCAUAAAUAUAUAUUUAUGGAAAGAGCCUUUUUUAAUUUAUUGCUCCAUGCUUGCGAUUAUUACUAAGAAGUCUAGCUAUAUAUAUGUAUGCAAUUAAUUAAAUACGCAUAGAAACAAAAUUAUAUAUACAUACAUGCAUACUACAAAUAAUAAUGAGGAAUGAUAAUAAGGGGAAAAUAAAAAAAUCUUUAAGCGUAAAA